AUGUCCAGCAAGCACGAUGAGCUGGGGUACAAGUCUGUCACGGUGUCCAGCAAACACGAUGAGUUGGGGUACAAGUCUGUCACGAUGUCCAGCAAGUACGAUGAGUUGGGGUACAAGUCUGUCACGCUGUCCAACAAGCACGAUGAGUUGGGGUUAGAGUCCCUUACGGUGUCCAACAAGCACGAUGAGUUGGGGUACAAGUCUGUCACGGUGUCCAACAAGUACGAUGAGUUGGGGUACAAGUCUGUCACGGUGUCCAGCAAGCACGAUGAGUUGGGGUACAAGUCUGUCACGGUGUCCAACAAGCACGAUGAGUUGGGGUACAAGUCUGUCACGGUGUCCAACAAGCACGAUGAGUUGGGGUUAGAGUCCCUUACGGUGUCCAGCAAGCACGAUGAGUUGGGGUACAAGUCUGUCACGGUGUCCAACAAGCAUGAUGAGCUUGGGUAA